AUGCCAGCACCACAGCUUCGAAGCCGCGCGGCGGACCAACAGCUAAAGAAGCCGAAUUCAACACCGGGGAAAGUCUUCGAUCCCAAAGCCUUCUCACAGCUGUCAGCCGGAGUGGUGCAUUCAAAAGCGGAGACACAUCACAGCCCGCUGACCAUCGACUCCGAUGAAGACACUCAGGAUGCACCGGAAAAUUUUGGCCACUGUGGCAGCGAUGAAUAUAUCGAGGGCUCCCUAGACGGAGCGGAUUUCAAUGUCCCGCCCGGGCAACACAAGUGCCCCGUUUGCCUCCGUACGUACGUUAGCCCGGUGCUCUUGGAGAAGCACAAGUGUCCCGGGAAGCCGGAAAAGAGGUACACGUGUCACAUAUGCUUCCGCGAAUUGAACCGGGAAGGCCACCUGGUGGCCCACAUGCGCGUGCACACCGGCGAGAAGCCAUUCAAGUGCACCAUUUGCUCGCGCGCCUUCCGGCAAAAGUCCAACCUGACAGUGCACAUGCGCCAGCACACGACUGGGGGCAGUUCCAGUGCACCGUGUGCCCUAG